UUAAUUACGGCGUGCGUAGCGUAGCGUAGAUUGUGUUUGUUCGUAGGCGUGAAGGGGAGGCGGUGCAUUAGUAUAGCGUGGUUUUCGAAAUAAGUAAUUGGAUUGUAAAUACAACAACAAUAAUGGGAGUGACUGUGGACACAAUCAGCCCUGGCGAUGAGGCCACAUACCCGAAGAAGGGUCAGACUGUGGUGGUCCACUACACGGGCACGCUGACCAACGGACAGAAGUUCGACUCGUCCCGCGACCGCGGCAAGCCUUUCAAGUUCAAGAUUGGCAAGGGAGAGGUCAUCAAGGGCUGGGAUGAAGGUGUUGCGAAGAUGUCAGUAGGCGAGCGCGCCAAGCUGACGUGCACGCCCGACUACGCGUACGGCCAGCAGGGCCAUCCCGGCGUCAUCCCCCCCAACUCUACCCUCAUCUUCGACGUCGAGCUUAUCAAACUUGAAUAAACCACCUUAUGAGACUCAAGACAACUCCUAGCCUAGCUAUAUCACCUGUGCUUGGGCAACAGUGAAUCAGUUGCAAACCGUCAUGUUUUUAAGAUGAUGUUCCCUGUACUCACUUAUGUGCAAUAUAAACUGCUAUGGGAACAGUGAAUCAUGUAGGGUGCAGUGGAUCAUGAGUUUAAACACAGUAAUUUGUCUACCAAUGCCCAAAGCAGUGUGGUAACUCUGCUUGGUAACAUCUAAAAUGGUUUAUUAUACCUAAAAGUUACCAAUAGAUUUUGGAAAGGAGAGUCUUGGGUACUUUUCACAUAGCACUUGGAUUAUUUUCAGCCAAACACUAGAUUAAGUCCAGUCAAUUAGGUUAAGAAACCUAGCAUCAAGCCCCAUUCGAAAAUUCAGUCACAUUUUCACUCGAUGACAUUCCAGAAGCAUUUUGACCCUUAGAUGAUAUCCUUUGUAUUGUUUUGUAUAAGAUCCUUUUUGAAGCACAAAAUGGGAAUGUUUUCUUGUGGUGGGUUGUGCACGCAUGUGCCGUAUAUAUGUAUACAUAAUUUCAGUCAAGUUCUAAAAUGAAAUAAGAAUAAAUUUAUUGCGAAAA